AAAAGGAUUGGCCUGAACUAUCGGAUUGGGUUACAUAAAAAGGGUGUACUCUAGUAGUUUAAGAAAUGUCAAUAUAUUUUACCUCUGGAGGAAUUUUAACUCAGUCUGUCAUUAGAUUCUGAAGACAUGAGUGGUUGUCCAUUUUGGGAGAACAAAUUCCAAUUUAAUUUUAAUAAACUAUCUUUAAAUGAUGGGGAAGGUGACAAGUCACAAGAAGGGCUAAACAAAGCCAGCAAAGGUGGCCUUGUCUAUGGAGACUAUCUACAGCUGGACAAAAUAUUAGAUGCACAGGUACUUCAGAGUGAAAAGAAGGGAAACAAAAUCCAUGAUGAGCAUCUGUUCAUUGUGACACAUCAAGCCUAUGAACUAUGGUUCAAGCAGAUACUAUGGGAACUGGAUUCUGUCCGAGUGAUAUUUCAAAAUGGCCAUGUGAGAGAUGAACGAAACAUGCUUAAGGUCGUUGCUCGAAUUCACAGAAUUUCAAUUAUCCUUAAAUUACUUGUGGAACAAUUUUCUGUUUUGGAAACUAUGACAGCCCUGGACUUUUUUGACUUCAGAGACUAUCUGAGCCCAGCAUCAGGAUUUCAGAGUUUACAGUUCCGAUUAUUGGAGAAUAAGAUUGGUGUUUAUCAGAGCCUCAGAGUUCCAUACAACCGAAGGCACUACAGGGAUAACUUCAAGGGAAAAGAGAAUGAAUCGUUGCUUAAAUCUGAACAGGAGCCGACUCUGCUACAGCUAGUGGAAGCAUGGUUAGAAAGAACACCUGGACUUGAACGAGAAGGAUUUAAUUUCUGGGGUAAAUUUGAAGCAAAUGUACUCAAGGGACUAGAAGAGGAAUUUGCAAUGGUGCAGGCCAAAGAAGACCCAGAAGAAAAAGAAGACCAACUUACAGAACUUCAAAAACAGAAAGAAGUGCUUAUAUCACUGUUUGAUGAAAAACGCCAUGAACAUCUACUUAGUAAAGGUGAAAGAAGAUUGUCCUAUAAAGCAAUGAAAGGAGCUUUAAUGAUAUACUUCUACAGAGAAGAACCUCGCUUUCAGGUUCCUUUUCAGCUUCUCACUAAUCUAAUGGAUAUUGAUGUGCUGAUGACUAAAUGGAGAUACAACCAUGUAUGUAUGGUGCACAGAAUGAUUGGCAGCAAGGCUGGGACAGGAGGAUCAUCAGGGUAUCAGUAUUUACGCUCAACUGUGAGUGACAGAUACAAGGUGUUUGUUGAUUUGUUCAAUCUAUCAACAUAUUUGGUGCCGAGACACUGGAUCCCUAAGCUGAACCCAACUGUUCAUAAAUUCCUUUAUACAGCAGAAUACUGUGACAGUUCUUACUUUAGCAGUGAUGAUUCAGAUUAAAAAAACCCUUUGGAUAAUCCUUGUAAAUAAAUGAAAUGUAACUAAAAGAAGUUCAUCCUUUCAAAUUAUAUGUUGUUAAAUAUAAACAUAUGCUUAUAUUAUCUAUGUAAUGUGUAUGUAUGUAUUUAUGCACAAAUGCACUACUGUAUAGCAUUUAAAGUAGGGGUGGACAACUAAAAAGAGGCUGGGGAGAGAAUUUAACCCUUGAAAUCCUCUCCCUAUGAAUGGUACUUUUGCAUUUUGGGGCAAAAAUCAAUUCAUAUUUGAGCUGCAAGUGAUUGGAAGUCACUUCUAGUCCCUGGUUCUCAAACAUUUUUUAGUCAAUUAACAGCAAAGGAAAGAAAUUUUUAGCAGGAUUGGGGUCCUCCUGACUUGCCUCCGCAUAAAACUGUUCCUGACAAUAUUUGGUGGAGGACCAAAAAAUGAGGUUAGCAUCUAUAUGUGGGCUAUGAGCUCCAUUUUUUCCACUCUUGGUUUAAAGUAUAACUAUAUUUUUGAUAGGCCAUCAGAAAUAAAAUGUACAAAUGGGACAAACUCUGGCUUCCAUUUAUUUUAAAGUAGUUGUUCAAACCCUUGCAACCUAUUAAAUUGUCUCAACUGCUGCUGUAAUGAUGACACGAUUUUGCUUCCAUUUUGAUCAUGUAUGUGAAUUGCCCUGGGAGCACUUACCCCAGAAGGUGGCAUUAAAAUAUUGGAAAUAAAAGUGAAAUUUCAUAUGUA